ACGAUCCCCAGAUAUUUGAAAAAUGUCUUCAAAUACUUAAGACUCUAAAUCAUUCAUUUUCAUGGGAUAAACAUCAAAGUAAUUUACAAAAUUUAAAAUUUGAGUUAUGCCUUAUAUUUGUCAAAACUUUCUGAUAUGUUUUAGAUGUUAUACUAACAUAAUUAAGUUGAUAUGUGUGUGUGCGUGUGUGUGUUGUGUCCUGCCCUCAUAGCGCAUGCCCUGAUGGGUGUUGUGAAAGAUUAAACAAUGACAGAAUACAUGCAAACGGGAUGACAUAGCCCUGCAUAUAAAACCAAGAACCCUUACAUGCAUAAUAGAAACAAGUGUGAAGAGAGGAGGGACGUUAUGGGGGGUUUUCUUGACAUUUAUUUGCUUUUGUGUGUCUACCGUAUCUUGUUUUUUUGCUUGUCCUCCUCUUUAUGCUCCGUGUCUUCCUCUCUACUUUCAUCUUGUAAAUUACGGAGAAAGUUUCAUCUGAAUGGAAUGCACAAACCUGGUGAUGUGGUUCUGGGUGGGCUGUUUGAGGUCCACUACACCUCUGUCUUCCCUGAAUGGACAUUUACCUCAGAGCCACAACAGCCCAGCUGCAAAGGCUUUGACAUUCUAGGGUUCAGACAUGCCAUGACCAUGGCCUUUGCUAUUGAUGAGAUCAACAAGGACUCCAAUCUUCUACAUAAUGUGACUCUUGGAUACAGUCUCUAUGAUAACUGUGCCACACUUGUAAUUGGAUUCAGUGGUGCCCUAUCACUGGCCAGUGGUCGAGAGGAGCAGUUUCUGCUUCAGGAGAACUGUUUAGGGAGCCCUCCGGUUCUGGGAAUUGUGGGUGAUUCCUACUCAACAUUUACUAUUGCAAUCUCCAAUGUGCUAGGUUUAUUCAAGCUGCCAAUUGUGAGUUAUUAUGCCACGUGUUCCUGUCUUACUGAUCGGCAAAGAUUUCCUUCCUUCUUUAGAACAAUUCCAAGUGAUGCUUUUCAGGUGCGUGCUAUGAUUCAGAUUCUAAAACACUUUGGCUGGACAUGGGUUGGUCUGCUGGUCAGUGAUGAUGAUUAUGGACUCCAUGUUGCCCAGUCCUUGCAGUCUGACCUGGCUCAGUCUGGUGGAGGUUGUCUGGCCUACCUAGAAGUGUUGCCCUGGGACAGUGACCCAAGUGAACUCAAGAGGAUUGUAUAUUUGAUAAAGACAUCAACAGCUCGUGUAGUCAUGGUGUUUGCACACGACAUGCACCUGAUUCCACUAAUGGAAGAGGUGGUGAGGCAGGAUGUGACAGGCCGGCAGUGGAUAGCCAGUGAAGCCUGGACAGCAGCUGCUGUGCUCCAGACCCCCCACCUCAUGCCAUAUUUGGGUGGAACACUGGGAAUUGCCAUCCGUCGAGGAGAAAUACCAGGACUCAGAGACUUCAUGUUACAAAUACGUCCUGACCAAUAUGACAAUGACAGCUAUGGAAAUAACUUUGUGAGGCAGUUUUGGGAAUACACAUUUCAGUGUAGAUUUGCACCACCUCCAGCAGGUUGGAUGGAAGCUGGAGGAGCAUUAUGCACUGGAGAUGAAGAUCUAGAGAAUGUGGAGACUGAGCUCUUGGAUCUUAAUAACCUCAGGCCAGAGUACAAUAUUUACAAGGCUGUGUAUGCUCUGGCAUAUGCUCUUGAUAACAUACUUCAGUGUGAGCCGGGGAGAGGGCCUUUCAGCGAGAACAGGUGUGCUACUUUGCAAACACUGGAGCCAUGGCAGCUUGUACAUUAUUUGCAAAUGGUCAACUUCACCACAUCAUUUGGUGAUCAAGUGUCAUUUGAUGAGAAUGGUGAUGUCUUACCAAUCUAUGAUAUCAUGAACUGGCUGUGGCUCCCAGAUGGACGAACUAAAGUUCAGAAUGUGGGUGAAGUUAAGAAAUCAGCCUUCAAAGGUGAAGAACUCACACUUGAUGAAGAUAAAAUCUUCUGGAACUUUGAAAUCAAAGAGCCCCCCCGGUCAGUGUGCAGUGAGAGCUGUCCUCCUGGUACCCGCAUGGCCAGAAAGAAGGGGGAACCUGAGUGUUGUUUUGACUGCAUCCCUUGUUCUGAGGGAAAGAUCAGCAAUAAAAGUGACUCCAUGGAGUGCACAAGUUGCCCAGAGGAUUUCUGGUCCAACCCCCAGCAUGACCACUGUGUUCCCAAGAAAGCAGAGUUCCUCUCCUACCAUGAGCCUCUGGGUAUUUGUUUGACAACAACUUCAUUGCUGGGCACAUUUAUCUGUGCUGUUGUUCUGGGCAUCUUCAUCUAUCAUCGCAGCACACCAAUGGUGCGUGCCAACAAUUCAGAACUCAGUUUCUUGCUGUUGGUGUCACUUAAACUAUGUUUCCUGUGCUCACUGCUGUUUAUCGGCCGACCCAGACUGUGGACAUGCCAGCUGAGACAUGCAGCAUUUGGGAUCAGCUUUGUGCUUUGUGUCUCAUGCAUCCUGGUUAAAACCAUGGUGGUUCUGGCUGUGUUCAAGGCCUCUAAGCCAGGAGGUGGAGCCAGUCUGAAGUGGUUUGGUGCUGUGCAGCAGAGAGGGACGGUUCUGGCACUUACAUGCAUUCAAGCAGCAAUCUGCACUUGUUGGAUUGUCUCUUCCUCACCAGCACCUCAUAAAAACUCUCAAUACCACAAUGACAAGAUAGUUUAUGAGUGUGUAGUUGGCUCCACGAUCGGUUUUGCAGUGUUACUUGGUUAUAUUGGCUUACUGGCUAUCCUCAGCUUCCUGUUAGCUUUUCUGGCAAGAAAUCUUCCAGACAACUUCAAUGAGGCCAAAUUCAUCACUUUCAGCAUGCUGAUCUUCGGUGCUGUGUGGGUCGCCUUUGUCCCUGCUUAUGUCAACUCCCCAGGCAAAUAUGCAGAUGCAGUGGAGGUAUUUGCCAUCCUGGCCUCUAGUUUUGGCCUCUUGGUGGCGCUGUUUGGACCCAAAUGUUACAUCAUCCUACUAAGACCAGAGAGAAACACAAAGAACGCCAUUAUGGGUAGAGGAACCCCUAAGUCAUAUGGGAUCGACCUUAUUGAUCCCUUUGGUCAGGUUGGACUUCAGGAGAACAUUGAAGAGGCCCAAAGGUGUAAAGGGAGGAGAGAAGUUAUGGGGGGGGUUCCUGACUCAUAUUUGCUCUUGUGUGUCUACCUUAUCAUGUUUUUUUGCUCCUCUCCCUCUUUAUGCUCCGUGUCUUCCUCUCCUCCCUCAUCUUGUAAAUUAUGGAGAAAGUUUCAUCUGAAUGGAAUGCACAAGCCUGGCGAUGUGGUUCUGGGUGGGUUGUUUGAGGUCCACUACACCUCUAUCUUCCCUGAGUUGACAUUUACCUCAGAGCCACAACAGCCCAGCUGCAAAGGCUUUGACAUUCUAGGGUUCAGACAUGCCAUGACCAUGGCCUUUGCUAUUGAUGAAAUCAACAAGAACUCCAAUCUUCUACAUAAUGUGACUCUUGGAUACAGUCUCUAUGAUAACUGUGGUGCACUUAUUAUUGGAUUCAGUGGUGCCCUAUCACUGGCCAGUGGUCGAGAGGAGCAGUUUCUGCUUCAGGAGAACUGUUUAGGGAGCCCUCCAGUUCUGGGCAUUGUGGGUGAUUCCUUCUCAACAUUUUCUAUUGCAAUCUCCAAUGUGCUAGGUUUAUUCAAGCUGCCAAUUGUGAGUUAUUUUGCCACAUGUUCCUGUCUUACUGAUCGGCAAAGAUUUCCUUCCUUCUUUAGAACAAUUCCAAGUGAUGCUUUUCAGGUGCGUGCUAUGAUUCAGAUUCUAAAACACUUUGGCUGGACAUGGGUUGGUCUGCUGGUCAGUGAUGAUGAUUAUGGACUCCAUGUUGCCCAGUCCUUGCAGUCUGACCUGGCUCAGUCUGGUGGAGGUUGUCUGGCCUACCUAGAAGUGUUGCCCUGGGACAGUGACCCAAGUGAACUCAAGAGGAUUGUAUAUUUGAUAAAGACAUCAACAGCUCGUGUAGUCAUGGUGUUUGCACAUGAGAUGCACAUGAUUCAACUAAUGGAAGAGGUGGUGCGGCAGGAUGUGACAGGCCAUCAGUGGAUUGCAAGUGAAGCCUGGACAGCAGCUGCUGUGCUCCAGACCCCCCGUCUCAUGCCGUACCUGAGCGGGACACUGGGCAUUGCCAUCCGUCGAGGAGAAAUACCAGGCAUCAGGGAAUUCCUCUUACAAAUACAUCCCGACCAAUAUGACAGCGACAGCUAUGGAAAUAACAUCGUGAGGCAGUUUUGGGAAUACAUAUUUCAGUGUAGAUUUGCACCACCUCCAGCAGGUUGGAUAGAAGCUGGAGGAGCAUUAUGCACUGGAGAUGAAGAUCUAGAGAAUGUGGAGACUGAGUUCAUGGAUCUUUCCAACCUCAGGCCAGAGUACAAUGUGUAUAAGGCUGUGUAUGCUCUGGCGUAUGCCCUUGAUAACAUACUUAAGUGUGAGCCAGGGAGAGGGCCUUUCAGCGGGCACAGCUGUGCUACAUUGCAAACACUGGAGCCAUGGCAGCUUGUACAUUAUUUGCAAAUGGUCAACUUCACCACAUCAUUUGGUGAUCAAGUGUCAUUUGAUGAGAAUGGUGAUGCCUCUCCAAUCUAUGAUAUCAUGAACUGGCAGUGGCUCCCCGAUGGACGAAUUACAGUUCAGAAUGUGGGAGAGGUUAAAAAAUCCGCCUUCAAAGGUGAAGAACUCACACUUGAUGAAGAUAAAAUCUUCUGGAACUUUGACUCAAAAGAGCCCCCCCGGUCAGUGUGCAGUGAGAGUUGUCCUCCUGGUACCCGCAUGGCCAGAAAGAAGGGGGAACCUGAGUGUUGUUUUGACUGCAUCCCUUGUUCUGAGGGAAAGAUCAGCAAUAAAAGUGACUCCAUGAAGUGCACCAGUUGUCCAGAGGAUUUCUGGUCCAACCCCCAGCGUGACCACUGUGUCCCCAAGAAAGCAGAGUUCCUCUCCUACCAUGAGCCUCUGGGAAUUUGUUUGACAACAACUUCAUUGCUGGGCACAUUUAUCUGUGCUGUUGUUCUGGGCAUCUUCAUCUAUCAUCGCAGCACACCCAUGGUGCGUGCCAACAAUUCAGAACUCAGUUUCCUGCUCUUGGUGUCUCUUAAACUAUGUUUCCUGUGUUCACUGCUGUUUAUCGGCCGACCAAGACUGUGGACAUGCCAGCUGAGACAUGCAGCAUUUGGGAUCAGCUUUGUGCUUUGUGUCUCAUGCAUCCUGGUUAAAACCAUGGUGGUUCUGGCUGUGUUCAAGGCCUCUAAGCCAGGAGGUGGAGCCAGUCUGAAGUGGUUUGGUGCUGUGCAGCAGAGAGGGACAGUUCUGGUGCUGACAUGCAUUCAAGCAGCAAUCUGCACUUGUUGGAUUGUUUCUGCCUCACCAGCACCUCAUAAAAACACUGAAUACCACAAUGACAAGAUAGUUUAUGAGUGUGUAGUUGGCUCCACGAUCGGUUUUGCAGUGUUACUUGGUUAUAUUGGUUUACUGGCUAUACUUAGUUUCUUGCUAGCUUUUCUGGCAAGAAAUCUUCCAGACAACUUCAAUGAGGCCAAAUUCAUCACUUUCAGCAUGCUGAUCUUCUGUGCUGUGUGGGUGGCCUUUGUCCCUGCUUAUGUCAACUCCCCAGGUAAAUAUGCAGAUGCAGUGGAGGUAUUUGCCAUCCUGGCCUCUAGUUUUGGCCUCUUGGUGGCGCUGUUUGGACCCAAAUGUUACAUAAUCCUACUGAGACCAGAGAGAAACACAAAGAAAGCUAUUAUGGGUCGAGGAACUACUAAGUCAUAAAAGCACAAGAUGCAGUAAAAUGAUGAACUGGUCUGAACUUGUAUAUUUUGCAUUAAUUUAUUUGUGAUCUGCCCUUGAAAUGAUCAUUGU